ACCAUUCACCAUUGUUCAGCCUUCGCUUUCUAUUCAAGUCAUUGAAUCUCAUAUUUGCAGUAUAUUUCUUAUUUAAAUUUCUAUGCAAUUCAAGGACGCUACUAUUGUGGCCUCAUUGCCGAAUGUCUCCUACCUCUCCUAGCCCAGUUCAAUCUUCCCUCGCUUCUGUGAGGUUCUAAGAGAUAUCUCGGAGAAACAGUGUCACAGAAUCCAAGACUCCGCUCUAGGUGAUCAGGAAUACCCACUUCUCUAUUCGCCUAGAGCAAAGCAAUUUUCCAUACCAAGUGGAACAUGGCUUCACUCAUUAGGAGAGAAGGACACGAUUUCGGAGAACCAAACCUCAACGGGCUUGGUGUCUUCUAUAUCUGCCUCUCCCUCCUCUAUACAAUCUUCGUCUUAGGUGGUCUAUGGGCAUUAUGGCUCCACCGCGACACUACUGCUGUGCGCAUCCGUGGCUUCUGGACCAUUUUUUCGGCUGUUCUAUGCAUUCACAUGUAUAGCAUGGCGGUUGUCCUCGUGUAUCCUCUGAAUGGUAUCCUUAAAUGCGGUACGGAGUUCUGGAUGAUGUCUAUAGUGCUACCUUUCAGUGUGGCGCUAUUCCAAGCCUCGAAUAUUCGACUUUCCGCGUACUAUGAAGGGCAACGCAGUCUCAUCAAUAGUCCUACAACAGGAGGAAGGAAAGCGAGGUAUCCGACCGAAAUGCGUGGCCUUCUCCGGUGGUGGCGGGAGCAGAAUAGUGCGACCAAGACAUAUGUCUUCAUUGCUUUAGGACUUACUGUUCAGCUUUUCGUGACGCUGUUCUUGUUCUUCGGUUCUCGUCGAUUCCAUGGCUCCUACGGCUUCUUUUCUAGACACGUUGGUCCUGCCGACUGCUGCCGCGGAUAUGAAUGGAUCCCCUCUGUCUUCUGGCAGUUUCUAUGGGCGAGUGUGUUCGGUCCAUAUGUCCUGCUCCGCAUACGAUACAUUCGAGAUGUCCACUACUGGGCAUGGCAGACCAGACUUGCAAUCAUUGCCGCGCUUCCUGGGACGCCACUCUGGCUGGCAUUUGUGUACUCUGACAACCCUCGUCUCAUGAAGGUCAGCAAGUCGUUCGUCCCUGCCGGAUGGUUCCUCCCGGGCCUUAUCACCAUGCAAUUUGUCUCGAUCUAUUUUCCUCUUCAUGAUGCGCACAACAAAUCACAACGACCGUCCAGUCCGCAGAGCGUAAAAUCAACCAUGACCAAAAGUGAGAAGAAAGAUGUGUACAGCCUGGCGUCCCUUGAGCUACAGAUUGCCUACAAUAUCAACCCCCUUCUGAAGUGGACGGCCGAAAAGGAGUUCACGGCGGAGAAUAUCGUUUUCCUCAAAGCCGUUCGUGACUUCAAGCGAAAAUGGGCCGUCCAGCUGCAACUAGGCCUAUUGGAUCCGGAACAACUUCGAGACCGCUACGAGGAAGCCGCUCUCAUUUUCUUCACACUUGUGAAUCCACAGACCGCUCGAUUCAAUAUCAAUAUCGAUUACCACACAUACAAGGAGCUUUCUUGGCUGUUUGUUGGUCUUCGAUAUGUUCCUUUCGAAGACAAUGCGACCUCGCGCCGUUCACAAUCGGAAAAUGUCAUCACACCCUGGUCGAACGAACGACGUUGUUCAAUGACUUCUGAAGAUAUACCAUCGACGACAGACGUGGAUCGUUUAUAUCCUAUCCCUGUCACCGAAAUCGAACCCGCAUACGUCAAAACCAGAAGCGAUACGACUCUUUACAAGAGCGGCGAUACAAUUCGUCGCAAAAGCACCUCUGUCAACCCUCCCCCAAUUCCCGCCCAAUUUACCGUUGCGGCGUUUGACAAAGCGUAUGAGUCGGUCAAGGACGAUGUAUUCCGCAACACCUGGGUCAGAUUCGUCGAUUCCGGCGAGACAGCGAGUAUUGCGGACUCGGAGCUGACCGACUUCUCGUUCACCUCCAUGUCUUCUUACCUCUCGAAACUCAAACGUGCGCAUAAACGAUAGGUUCCUCGGUCACAUUGUUUUCCAAUCAUACAUUUUCCGAGCGUGCAUAGACACUGCAGGCGCGAGAUCAUUCCUUUCCAUGCGACCACAUUCCGGCCGUUCCGAAUCCGGGCGACGAAUCAUGGAACAAUCCCUGAGAAGGUUAAAAGAUGGAAGUCGGAAAGGAUAUCAGCUGUGGGAAAGGUUGCAACUUGAGUCUUUCAUUGCCCUAGGAUAGUAAAGUGAGAAAGAUGAACAGAUCUGGAGCUCAAGAGGUGGAGUUAAUACAUCAAACUCUUACAAAAGUUCUCUUGCAAGGGAAAUGGAUUGCAUCUUAGAAUCGAACGGGAAUGCCAACUCCACAUCUUGAAUUUUGCGGUAUAAUACUUGCGUAACACGAAUCCACAUGCAAUGCAGCAAAUG